ACUAACCGAAGCCAUCAUCACGCAGACACAGAACCUAGCAGCCCGGCACCAAAGAAGGAAGGAACACGAAGCACACCAGUGACCGCCACAUGGCGGCCACUCGAGCCCCUCUGUCCUCAUACCAAAACCCUAGCUCCACACCCACACUGAAAUCUCCUCCCAAACCCUCUUAUGUCGCUUUUGAAAUCAAAGCCUCGACCUUGAGGAAGAAGAAGCAGAACGGCAUUAGGUGCGAGAUCAAGAGCUUCGAGAAUCCGCACAAUUGGACCAUCGAGCCGGAUACGCCUAUUCGUGUCUUUCACAACCAUCCAGAAGCUCAGGUGGCAAUGGCUUCCGGAUCGGCAGUGAAGAAGGUCUGCCUCUUCUACUGCGCCGAGACCAAGUCGCUCGCUCAGAAAGUCGCGGCUCAAUCUGACGCCGUUGAGCUCCGUAGCAUCACUUGGAGGAAAUUUGAUGAUGGGUUUCCCAACAUAUUCAUACCCAAUGCUCAUGGCAUUCGAGGACACCAUGUGGCCUUUCUGGCCUCGUUUAGUUCCCCAUCAGUGAUUUUUGAGCAGCUCUCUGUGAUCUAUGCAUUGCCCAAGUUGUUCAUCGCCUCAUUCACGCUCGUCCUUCCCUUUUUUCCCACUGGGACUUCUGAGCGUAUGGAGGAUGAGGGAGAUGUUGCCACCGCUUUCACACUUGCCAGGGCCUUGUCAAAUAUACCCAUUUCAAUGGGAGGGCCCACUAGUUUAGUCAUCUAUGAUAUCCAUGCCUUGCAGGAGAGAUUUUACUUUGGUGAUAAUAUCUUACCAUGCUUUGAAAGUGGGAUCCCUUUGCUCAAAAGUAGGCUGCAACAGCUCCCUGAUUCUGAUAAUAUAUCCAUUGCUUUUCCUGAUGAUGGUGCAUGGAAACGAUUUCAUAAGCAGCUACAGCAUUUCCCAACGAUUGUCUGUGCUAAAGUUCGGGAAGGUGACCAACGAAUUGUACGUAUCAAGGAGGGAGACGCAAGAGGACGGCAUGUUGUGAUUGUUGAUGAUUUGGUUCAAUCUGGUGGCACCUUGAUUGAAUGCCAGAAAGUUUUAGCCGCCCAUGGAGCUGCGAAAAUCAGUGCUUAUGUAACGCAUGGGAUUUUUCCUAAUAGAUCAUGGGAACGCUUUCAAAGAGAUAAUGGAGGGAAACCUGAGCAUGGGCUGACCUACUUCUGGAUUACAGACUCAUGUCCACUGACAGUGGAAGAUGUGAUGCACAAUCCACCGUUUGAAGUUCUCAGCCUUGCUGGUUCUAUAGCGGCUACUCUUCAAAUAUAAGAGAAACUUAGGAGCACUAGAUAAAAGUGCCUUCUCUUAGGUUUUAUUUCUUGUUCUCCCGCCCUUUCUUCCUCUUAUGGGGUUCAACAGAUUAUAGAGUCAUCAAGCAUAGAGAAGUACAAGGAUUCGAGUAUCAGGCUGCAGCGAAGAAUUUUUACUUUUUGUAGCAGUUAUUAUGACAAAAUGAUGCGAACUUUCAGGGGCAUUGACAAAGUUUAGCACUUUGAUUACAAUAAACACCUAGUAUCCUCAAUGCUAAGUUGCUGUCAAAAGUAUAAUCUAGCUCUAGGAAUAGAGCAAGGGCAAAUAGCCAUUUCUGAAGAAAAGUUAUAGGCUAACAUUGUCUACAGUUCGAGCAUAUGUGAUUUCCUUUUAGACAAAUUGCAAGAAGUUAUUUCUAUAUGUUAAGUAUUUCAUAUGUGGAAAGCAAGUGAAGGAAAUUAGCCUUCGUAUUGUAU